AUGGCAACAAAAACCUUCACCCUCGGGGGGAACUCAUAUGGGACUCCCUGCCAGUUCCCCUUCAAGUUUGGGGAGAAGUGGUACGCCGAGUGCACGACGGACGGGCGCCCCGAUGGACAGCUGUGGUGCGCCACGGCCACGGACUACACCAAGGACAAGAAAUGGGGCUUCUGUCCCAGCAAGAGUUCUACUGGUUGGGAUGAUGAUCCAGUGACUGGGGUUUUGUACCAGAGGAACACACAAGCAGUUCUGACCUGGCACCAGGCACGUGCCAGCUGCCACCAGCAGGGGGCAGACUUGCUCAGCAUAGUGGAGCUGCAUGAACAGACAUACAUCUCAGGACUGACGGACAAUAUUGGCAUGACCCUGUGGAUCGGCCUCAACAGCCUGGACUUUCAGAGUGGCUGGCAGUGGAGCAAUGGAAACCCCUUCAGAUACUUAAACUGGGCUCCAGGCCACCCGUCCACAGAGCCGGGUCUGAACUGUGGUGCGCUGAACCCUGGGAAAGCCUCCAAGUGGGAAAGCCUCAACUGCAACAAGAAGAUGGGAUACAUCUGCCGCAAGGGCAACAAUACUGAUGUCACACCUUUGGAUCUGUCGAGCCAGCAGCCUCUGUACUGUCCUGUGGGCUGGAUGCUGUACCAUGGCCACUGCUACUCGCUGCGGCGGGAGAAGAAGGGGUGGAGCCAAGCGCUGACUGUCUGUCACAAAGACGAGGCUGACCUGGCCAGCGUGCACAACAUCGAAGAACACGGCUUCCUCAUCACACAGAGUGGAUACGUGGAGUCUGAUGAGCUGUGGAUCGGGCUGAGUGACCGCUCCACCCAGAACCUGUUUGAGUGGUCUGACCGCUCCCACGUGACCUUCACCAAGUGGAGGGCAGGAGAGCCGUCGCAUUACACCAACCUGCUGGAGGACUGCGUGCUGAUGGGGGGGAAGGAAGGUCGCUGGUCUGACUACAUGUGUGAGAAGGAGUUUGGCUUCAUCUGCAAGAAGAAAGCUUCCACUCAGGAACCAGCAGGGGGCGCCGUCCCCAUCACAGGAUGCAAGCCGGGUUGGGUCAGAUACUCCUCCUUCUGCUACCUCAUUGGAUCUGAGAGUAAAAGCUUUGAUGGCGCCAAACAGACGUGCGCCAGCAGUUCAGCUAGUUUGGUGAAGGUGGCAGACAGGUAUGAGAAUGCCUUUCUCACCAGCCUGGUGGGUCUCCGGCCAGAGCGGUACUUCUGGUUGGGCAUGUCCACGCUGGAGCACCCCGGGCGCCUGGAGCAGACCGACGGAGGCCACGUCACCUUCACACACUUCGAUGUGGGCUUGCCAGACCAGCGCCAGGGCUGUGUGGCGAUGCAGACGGGCAUGUCUGCGGGCCUGUGGGACCUGCUCAGCUGUGGCUCUGAACAGAAGUUCCUCUGCAGGAAGAUGGCCGACGGGGUCACCACCAGCGCCCCGCCGCCCACCACACACCCCCUCAGCUGUCACAGCGGCUGGACCGCCAAAGCAGACUCAAAUCUCUGCUAUAAGGUAUUUGAGAAGCCAUCAGAUGAGAAGAAAACAUGGUCUGAUGCCCGAGAUUAUUGCCUGGCCAUUGGAGGAGACCUCCUGAGCUUGCAUUCUGAGGAGCAGGUCGACGCUCUCCCGUAUUACCGUGAUCUCCCAGCCUGGAUCGGGUUCCGUCUGGGUUCCAACGGUGGAUUUGUGUGGUCGGAUGAGUCCCCAUCAGACUUUGAGAACUGGGGUUAUGGUGAACCCAACAACUUCAACGAUAACGAGCACUGCACCGAGACCAACUUCUACUACAGACACACCUGGAACGACUUGGACUGCGACCGUUACAGUGACUGGAUCUGUCAGAUACGUAAAGGACAAGUGCCAAAACCUCCUCCCACAGCAGUGACAUCAGGUCUGAGCCAGAAGCAGAGGGGAGGGGCAAUCAGGGUCGCCACGGCAACCGUUCACAUCCGCUCCGCAGAAGAUGAGUGA